AUGCAUUUUCUUAUCUUAUUAGCAGAAAAAGAUGAGUACAAGACCAUUGAUACGCUGCUGUUUUUUGUUGGCUACCCAAGAAGUCGUCACACCUUAAUGGCAUCUCUGCUGGAUGCCCACCCUCACAUGAUCGUGGCUAACGAAAAUAACCUGUUUUACCGGUUGAAGAAUGGUAAAAAGUAUGAAAGGAGCCAGAUGUUUGAUACAUUAAUUGAGGGUUCCAAAGGUUUUCUAAAAGGAGGCAAAGGAAUAGUGAUGAAGGGAAACCUUCAAAACACUUCUCAUUUUGGAUUCUGGAUGGAAGGUUACUGGCAGGGGAGUUAUGAUAAGUACAUUAAGGUAAGGCUUUAGAACAUGACUCGUUCUCGUGUUGUUAAUUGGUGGUGAUGAGAAGGCCUGGUACCGACACAGCGGCGAAAUGAGUGCGUAUGCUCCGCUACUCGAGCCAUUUGAACGUUCAGGACUGCAGUUCUUCUUCUGCAAACAUAACCUGACAUGAGGUUUUUCGCCGAGACAUCGCGAGACAUUGAGUAUUUUCUCUAGAGGCUUGCCUACUGAGGAGGCAAUGAUAAAAAGCGCUAAAGCGAUGACAGCUGCUACGAACUCCGUAGCCACGUUGCAGCUGCUCAAUUUUAGUCCCUAAAUUCACACUUGUCAUCAAAACGCUUUUUAUGUUGAGUGAGAAUGUUGGAUGUGAGAAGGUUGGACAGAAACUUUUCUGAAAAUGGCAACCUUAUCUAUUUUUGUUUAGUCUUAUCUCUUCCGAAAUGAAACAAACAACGGGAAUGUUAAAAAUGCUGCCAUUUUGUCUUAAUAGUGUUACUAUGGAAAUAUUGUCGUUCUCAUUCCUUUGCACGUGAAAUUUCUCGCAAAUUACAAGUAAACACACUCAUUUUGUCGAUAUGUCCCCGGUAGUGACUUCCUCCGACACAUGCGUUCCAGAUCUCGGCCGCACCCAAGAUCCUAUUGGCCUUGGGUGGAAAUUACUUGAGAUCCGCUGGUGUGUUUGUGGUUCAGUACCUGCCUUUACAGCCUAAAAUAACCAAAUUUUUCGAUAAUAUUUAAAUUGUGAAGUCUAUUUUAAAGUACUUAACUCAUGAUUUUGCUAGUUUUAAUUGUAAUUGCCACACACAAACCCACUAUGGAGAUGUGCCAAUGAAUUUGAUUGUUCUUUGUUCAAGCAAAGGUUCUUUGUCAUCAUUUUAAUGCAAAGAGACGCUAUAACAGAGUGAACAUCAAGGGGUUUUUUUUAUUACUAGGACUGUUUAUACUUUGUACUCUAUUUUUCAUUUCCAUUAUUGACGAAGUUAUAUAACAAGAAAUCCUCCAAAACGUAUCGAAAUAGCAAUUUGGUUAUAUUAUGCCACCGUAGUAAGUGCAUUGGGUAGGGGUUUCUGCAAAGUCAAACUUCCUGUAAACUGCUUGGAAAGGAAAGUUGAAUGCGAUGCUUUUGUCCAAUGAUGAUAUAGAUGAAGAUGAUCAAUAUGAACCCUCGUUACUUAAGUGAAAGAUUCAGAAAGAUGAUGUUAUUCAGUGAAUGACACAGGCACACUUGGAGAAAAUGAAACAAAAUUAUUGCAGUUAUUCCUCUCCAUUGUUUUUUUUUUUGUUUUUCUUUUUAAUUCGUAUCUAGGUCAUUGGCGACAAGACUGCAUGGAUGAAUUCUGGAGUAUUUCGGAGCACUACCCCUGAAGACGUAACAAAAUUAGUGGAUGACAUCGAGAAGAAAUACAGAAUCAAAGUAAAGUUCAUCCACAUGAUGAGGAAUCCGUUUGACAUUGUGUCAACGAUAGUUUUACGCAACACCAAGCAGAAAGGCGGCAGGUUUAAAGACCAUUCCCAAAAAGUAAGAAGGAAUGUACUGUAUUUCCUCGAAUAUGCACCCACGCUCCAAUAAGCGCCCCAAUAAGUUAAAAGUUCUCAAUCCUAAUGCUCACUAAACCGUUUUUGUCGGCAAAGUUUGGUUAAAAUAUUUAAACGUUUUCUUCACCGUUGAUAAUUAGCGUCAAAGCGCGCAAGAAUUGGCCCUAUUCUUCUUUUAGUCGUCGUCUGCUCAUCAAAAUCGUUUCUGCUUAAAUUAUCUUACGUCAAACAAGCAUCCCUUUCGAAUAGCCCGCCCCCCCUCCAUCAUCCUUCCUUAAACAGUUGGGUGUUACUAAAUUAUUGGAGCUUCGUAUCAUGGAGUUGUCUUUUAAUUCGUAUUACGUGAGUCCGCUGUCGCGAUAUUCAGGUAACGGAGAGAGACCUGGAUCAAAACUGCGUACUAAGAGGUUAGAGUAAGGGAAGGGAAGAAAGAGCAGGGGUAUGAGGUGGGGGAUAUUUUGGUUGGGAUAACUGACCUCGACCGCGAGUACGUUGAACCUUCAAAAUUUUCAAACCAACCGUUCCACCACCUCGCAGAAUGACCUUAGACUUAAGAGUCUGCUUUGAUGUUUGGUUUAAUUUUGUUAGUAAGAGUUGGUUCUCUUUGCAUUUUUCAUCUCAAGGUCGAUGACCCAAAACUGUUGGAAGAAAGCAUGGAGAGAUUUUUCAACUGGGCUCAGGGAAGUGCUAUCGCCAGAGAAGUCUUAGGAGACAAGCUCCUUGACGUGGACGGUCUUAAACUCGUGAACAAACCCAUAGAGUACAUGUCCAAAGUGUGUCAAUUUAUUGAAAUCGCGUGUUCUGACGAAUACCUCAUGGCAUGCGCAGAGGUUGUGGAUUCCACACCCUCUACAACUAGAUAUUGGGUAGUUUGGAGAAAAGAACAUAAGAACAGAAUGUAUUCUGAAUUCGAAAAGUAUCCCUUUUUAGCUCAUUAUUCAUUUGAUGAUUAACUGUAUACCAAUAGAUUAGAAACUAUAUAAAAUUUAUAAUUUAUAAACAAAUUAUAAAUUAAUGGUCG